GCACGCCUACAGCGCGUGCGACAGUGGCAUCCCAUGCUGCGCGUGCCCUUACCCAAUUCAUUCUGAUGGACUACAGCGAGCUCUGUAAAUGACAGAAUGUGCCACUCUUACUGGAAGGGUUGAUUUCAUGAAGGGUGAUCGCGAAACAACGGCAGACCAUGCCAGGUGUAUCGUAGGAGCCGUCCGAAGACCUUUCAAUUCUUUCACAGGAUUUUUACAUCUGAUUUAUUUCACCCUCAACCACAAUGCUUUACUUUCAGCUGGUGAUCAUGGCAGGUACUGUCAUGCUGGCAUAUUACUUUGAGUAUACCGAUACUUUCAACGUGCACGUGCAGGGCUUUUUCUGUCAUGAUCAUGCAUAUGCGAAGCCCUAUCUCGGACCAGAGGAAUCGAGUACGCUCCCACCAGCUAUUCUGUACGCGGUGGUCGCAGGGGUCCCAGCACUUGUGAUUACAGUUACAGAGUCCGUGCUCUUCUUGCUGCAGUAUGUCUCUGAAGAUCUAGACAACAGAGAGAAGAUCAUUGUGAUGGGGGACUGUUGUUACCUCAACCCUCUGGUCCGAAGGACUUUUCGCUUUCUUGGUGUGUACGCAUUUGGCCUUUUCGCCACAGACAUUUUUGUCAAUGCAGGGCAGGUGGUCACAGGAAAUCUUUCUCCCUACUUCUUGACGGUGUGUAAACCCAACUACACUGCGUUGGGAUGCCAACAGGUUGUGCGCUUUAUCAACCAACGGGAAGCCUGCACAGGGAAUGAGGAUGAGAUCUUACAUGCACGCAAGUCCUUCCCAUCUAAAGAGGCGGCUAUCAGUGUAUAUGCUGCCGUAUAUGUUGCUAUGUACAUCACAUGCUCAGUGAAGGCCAAAGGGACGCGGUUGGCCAAGCCGGUGCUCUCUCUGGGGCUCGUCUGUCUGGCCUUCCUAACAGGGAUUAAUCGUGUAGUGGAGUACCGCAACCACUGGUCUGAUGUCAUCACCGGCUUUAUCAUCGGAGGAGCCAUAGCUGUGUUUAUGGUGGUGUAUGUGGUGAAAAACUUCAAAGGAAAGCCCUUACUUGAUGAGAUACCGCCGGAAGAAAGUGUGUCCAGUGGUCCUGUGCUCACACAGCCCAGGAUGGAAGAUGCCAUGGAGAAAUACAUAGCCUCGCAGAAUCCCAUCACCUAUGCUGAGAUCACAUGACAAAUGAAAGACGGCCAAUGAAAAGCUGGAUAAUGUUGCUGCUCUUUGAUGCGACACCUUUGAGUGCAAUGUUAAUAUGUGCUAUUUUUACACUCCUUUUUUCAAGCGUGUAAAAUAUGUCGAUAACUUGUGCUCCUUGUUAUACUUGUUCCAUGUUUUCUUUUAAAAUAGUUAUUUUAGGGUCGCAUUCCUAUUUUUAUACAAAUAUAUUACUGUUUUCGUGAUUGAACAUGCAGGGUAAUGUGUGAGUGUAAUUUAAACAUGAUGUCCAUUGAAGUGUGUUAACAUAUCCUGAUGUAAAACAUCAUCUGUGGGCCCAUGUUGAUAUUUUGUUAUGGUCUCUGAAAGAGUUUUUUUUAUAGGAUAUAUCACUGUUCUUCCUCAUCAGAGUUAUUUAUGUUUUGUUAAUGCAAAAUAGUAACCAGAAGAUCCUUUGUCUUUACCUCCCGAGUCUCUUCUGAGUUGAUAUAUUUUCUGUUAAAAAGAUAUAUUUGGGCAAGACCCUUUAUUAACCUAGCAAUCGAACUAGUACUUAUGUCACAUACAGAACCAUAGUAUUAAAGGAACGGCAUUCUCACUCUAGAGCGUUUGAUUGAAGAAAAAUCUGUCUGGUGCAACAUGAGUCAUCAGUAUUUUAACAUGGACUACAAGCCUCUACUUCAAUUUUAAUUUCAUGGGGUCUUUAAGGUGAGCUGACAUGAGCAUGAGGUGAUAAGCAGUGCCGGGAUUGAUUUUGCUGUCAUUAUAGAAGAGAGCACCUUGGGUAAGGCUGAUGAAUUUGUUGUGACUGCCAACUGAUUACACCAUCUUAAAAAGAUUAGAUGCCCAGGGUACUGCCCAAAGAGGCUGUGAUGAGUCCUGCUUUGUUGUAUACUGUAUGUUGCUUUGUGUUUUUUGUCGGUGUGUAUGUUUGUGCCUACAGUAUUCAUGCGUCUGCCCUUGAUGUCGCCUCCGUAGGUAGUCUCUAGUGGGUUGGUAAAGGUCGUUUUGUUUUAAUCAUCACUAAGAGUUGAAAUAAUACUCGUAUCUGUCAAACAGAGAGUCUGUAACAAUGGACUUUAAUUGUAUUGAAAACAAACAAAUGUAUUAUAUUUGUAUUCUUAUGUUAUAAACUUUGUGGCAUCAAGUAUCUGCAGUGUUUGAUGCCUUUACAUUUUGC